AUGCCCAGGAAGCCCAAAUUUCCAUGUGGCCUAUGUCACAAGGCAGUGACUUGGAAGUCAAAGGGUGUACAAUGUGAAGGACCAUGUGAACUGUGGUUCCACUCUGAGUGUAUAGGACUUAACUCCACGGAGUACAAUACUUUUGGAAACAGCUCAGUGGUCUGGAUAUGUAAUCAUUGCGGUAUCCACAACAUAAGCAGAUCCAACCUCUCUGUCUCAGGACUGGCUGAUAUCAGUGAAGAAAAUGCCUACAGCUCCCUGGAUCAUGAUGGUAUUGAAUCGUCUACCUCUUUAUCACUGGACGAAAGCUUUGACUUGCCACGUCGUGCCUCAUCUCCAACCAGACCCAAUAUGGCACCACUUCGAAAGGCUACAAAAGCAAAGGGACGCCAGCUACGAAUACUUAAUGUCAACUGUCAAAGCCUUCGGGCCAAGAAACUGUCAUUUCAAAUCUUCAUCGCAAAACAUGACCCAGAUGUCAUCCUAGGUACAGAGUCGUGGCUUUCAAAUAACAUUCUAAAUAAUGAAAUUUUCCAAACUGAAAUAUAUGACAUCUAUCGGAGGGACAGACCAGGCGAUGCCCAUGGAGGUGUUUUUAUCGCAGCCAAGAAAGAUUUGAUUUCUAGCAGAGUCGAAGAACUGGAGACAAACUGCGAGAUUGUAUGGUGCAAGCUUGAGAUGGCUGGAUCCAGGACGCUUCAUAUUGCAUCAUACUACAAACCACACGAAGGUGAUGAAACCAGCCUGCUUGCGCUUGAACAAUCACUGUCAAGAUUGAAUUCAAGUCAGCUUGUUGUCAUCGGGGGCGACUUUAACCUUCCAGGCUGGGACUGGACAAGCCAGACAGUGAAAGCGUGCAGCCAUCCUGCUCUUCAUCAUAAGUUUGGGGAAAUGUUGGAUGAUCAUGGCCUUACCCAACUCGUAGAAGAACCUACAAGACGGCAUCACACUCUGGACUUGUUCCUCACCAACAAUCCCACCCUUGCCUUCAACGUGUGUGUUCUUCCUGGCAUAUCGGAUCAUGACUGUCCUCUGCUCACCUUUGACAUGAAACCAUCAAGAAGACAUCAAAUGCCUAGAAAGGUUCCAGUCUACAGCAAAGCAGACUGGGAAGGGUUCAAGGACAGCAUGUCAAAAGUAGCUGAUGAAAUAUCAUCCAAGCUCGAGGGAGCCUCCACUAGUGAAUUGUGGGACAUAUUUCAAGCAGGAAUCAAGAAUGGUAUAGAGGCACACAUUCCUCAUGCAAUGUUGAAGCCCAGAGCCAACCUGCCUUGGGUGACUGCAAGAAUUAGAAAGCUCAUCAAGAAAAGGAGUAGGGUUGUCAAGAAAUGUAAAAACAUCUUGAAAUCCAGAGGACUUCUUCCAUAUAACCUUGAAGAGUAUAGUAACAGUCUUAAGAAGAUCAUCCAGUCAGAGAUCAGGAAAGAAUACUGGAAAUAUCUUGAGUCUAUCUUUGAUGGAUCUGAUGAUGAAGACAAUCAAUUCAUGGCCAUGAAACGAUUUUGGAGCUUCAUUAAGUUCAACCGAAGUGACAGUGGAGGAAUUUCCCAUCUUAAAUCAGCUGGAAAGAAGCUUACUGACCCCACUGAUAAGGCCAAUGCACUCAACCAUCAAUUCCAAUCAGUAUUCACUGAAGAGACUCCAGUGCCUCCUGACUUGCUUCCCCCUUCUUCGCCUUAUGAAACCAUGCCAGAUGUCAUCAUCACAACGAAUGGUAUCAAGAAACUGCUUGACAACCUGAAGCCAAGGAAAGCACCCGGUCCUGAUGGCAUCACUCCUCGAGUACUCAAGGAGCUAUCAGGUGUUAUCGCACCGUCCCUGAGGGAUAUCUUCAGGAAGUCCUAUAGCACCGGGGAGAUACCAGAGGACUGA